AUGAAGGUAGAGGAGGAGAAGGUUGGGGUAGUAAAGCUGGACCCCACUAACUACAGGAGGAGAAGUCGGAAUCCAGAAGGCUAUCGUUCCAUCAGCAUGGGGCUUCCAGUUCCCAGUUACUCUCAGAGAAAAAGAGACCAGAAAGAACAUCUGUCCAGCCUGCAAAAAGUCCACUGGGGGCUGCGGCCAGACAAACAGCAACAGGAGCUGACCAGUCCCAGGAACAGAAGCAGCAGCAGGAACAGUGGAGCAGACCCCAUCAGCAGGGCCCGGUCUCCAGCUGCUGAGCAGCUCCAGGACAUCCUGGGGGAGGAAGAUGAGGCUCCCAACCCCACCCUCUUCACAGAGAUGGACACUCUGCAGCAUGAUGGAGACCAGAUGGAGUGGAAGGAGUCAGCCAGGUGGAUAAAGUUUGAAGAAAAGGUCGAGGAAGGAGGUGAGCGCUGGAGCAAGCCACAUGUGUCCACACUAUCCCUGCACAGCCUUUUUGAGCUCCGAACCUGCCUCCAGACGGGGACGGUGUUGCUGGAUUUGGAUGGUGGCUCCUUACCACAGAUCAUAGAUGAUGUCAUUGAGAAGCAGAUCGAGGAUGGUCUCCUGCGACCCGAGCUCCGGGAGAGGGUCAGCUAUGUCCUCCUGAGGAAGCACCGUCACCAGACCAAGAAGCCCAUCCACCGGUCCUUAGUGGACAUUGGAAAGUCAGUGUCCUCCACCACAAAUCGAAGCCCUGCCCGCAGUCCCACAGCUGGCACAAGUCUGCACCGUUCCACCGAGGACCUGAGGAUACGAGAAAGUGCAAACUACGGACGUCUGUGUCACACCCAGAGCAGAAGCAUGAAUGACAUUUCUCGGACACCAAACACAGACCAACGGAAAAACAAAUUCAUGAAGAAGAUCCCCAAGGACUCAGAAGCAUCCAAUGUGCUGGUGGGUGAGGUAGACUUUCUGGAUCAGCCAUUUAUUGCUUUCGUGCGUCUCAUCCAGUCUGCCAUGUUGGGAGGAGUGACUGAGGUGCCUGUUCCUACUAGAUUUCUGUUCAUACUGCUGGGACCUUCUGGGAGAGCAAAAUCCUACAAUGAAAUUGGCCGUGCCAUUGCAACCCUCAUGGUAGAUGAUCUCUUCAGCGAUGUGGCCUAUAAAGCCCGCAAUAGGGACGAUCUAAUCGCAGGAAUUGAUGAGUUUCUGGACGAGGUCAUUGUCCUUCCCCCCGGAGAAUGGGACCCAAAUAUCCGAAUUGAGCCCCCCAAGAAAGUGCCCUCUGCUGACAAGAGGAAAUCCGUGUUCUCCCUGGCAGAGCUCGGCCAGAUGAACGGCUCCGUGGGCGGUGGCGGCGGCACGCCGGCAGGAGGCAGCAGCAGUGGCGGCGGCGGGGGCGGCGGGGGCGGUGGCGCUGGCGGCGGCGGCGGGGCCAGCAGCGGGAACGGCGGGGAUGACGGCGAGAUGCCAGCGGUGCAUGAAAUCGGGGAAGAGCUUCUCUGGACAGGAAGGUUCUUCGGUGGUCUGCGUCUGGAUGUCAAGAGGAAGCUGCCCUGGUUCCCAAGUGACUUCUACGAUGGCUUCCACAUUCAGUCCAUCUCUGCCAUCCUCUUCAUCUACCUCGGCUGUAUCACCAACGCCAUAACCUUUGGUGGGCUUCUGGGGGAUGCCACCGACAAUUACCAGGGAGUGAUGGAGAGCUUCCUGGGUACUGCCAUGGCCGGCUCCUUGUUCUGCCUCUUCUCGGGCCAGCCUCUCAUCAUCCUCAGCAGCACGGGGCCCAUCCUCAUCUUUGAGAAGCUUCUCUUCGACUUCAGCAAAGGCAAUGGCCUGGACUACAUGGAGUUCCGUCUCUGGAUUGGCCUGCAUUCAGCCAUCCAGUGCCUUAUCCUGGUGGCCACAGAUGCCAGCUUCAUCAUCAAGUAUAUCACCCGCUUCACCGAGGAAGGUUUCUCCACCCUCAUCAGCUUCAUCUUCAUCUACGAUGCCAUCAAAAAGAUGAUUGGUGCCUUCAAGUAUUAUCCUAUCAACAUGGACUUCAAGCCUGACUCCAUCACCACCUACAAAUGCGAGUGUGUCGCCCCCGAUACAGUGAAUACAACCGUGUUCAAUGCUUCAGCCCCACCAGCACCAAACACCAAUGCUUCUCUGUACAACCCCAUUAACCUCACAGGGCUAGACUGGUCCCUGCUGAGCAAGAAGGAGUGUCUGAGUUAUGGUGGGCACCUGCUUGGGAAUUCCUGCCAGUUCAUCCCAGACCUUGCACUCAUGUCCUUCAUUCUUUUCUUCGGGACAUACUCCAUGACCCUCACCCUGAAGAAGUUCAAAUUCAGCCGCUAUUUCCCUACCAAGGUCCGGGCCCUAGUUGCCGACUUUUCCAUUAUUUUCUCCAUCCUGCUGUUCUGUGGAAUAGAUGCCUGUUUCGGCCUGGAAACCCCCAAGCUGCACGUGCCCAGUGUCAUCAAGCCCACGCGGCCUGACCGAGGCUGGUUUGUGGCCCCCUUUGGGAAGAACCCGUGGUGGGUGUACCCAGCUAGUAUCCUGCCUGCGCUGCUGGUGACCAUCUUGAUCUUCAUGGACCAGCAGAUCACGGCCGUCAUUGUCAACCGGAAGGAGAACAAGCUGAGGAAGGCCGCCGGCUACCAUCUGGACCUGUUCUGGGUGGGCAUCCUCAUGGCCCUGUGCUCCUUCAUGGGGCUCCCCUGGUACGUGGCUGCCACAGUCAUCUCCAUCGCCCACAUCGACAGCCUCAAGAUGGAGACAGAGACCAGCGCCCCUGGGGAGCAGCCUCAGUUCCUGGGGGUGAGGGAACAGAGAGUGACCGGCAUCAUCGUCUUUAUCCUGACAGGAAUCUCCGUCUUCCUGGCUCCCAUCCUGAAGUACAUCCCCAUGCCGGUACUUUAUGGAGUCUUCCUCUACAUGGGCGUGGCCUCCCUGAAUGGCAUCCAGUUUUGGGACCGCUGCAAGCUCUUCCUGAUGCCCGCCAAGCACCAGCCGGACCACGCCUUCCUGCGGCACGUGCCCCUACGCCGCAUUCACCUCUUCACCCUGGUGCAGAUCCUCUGCCUGGCGGUGCUCUGGAUCCUCAAGUCCACCGUGGCCGCCAUCAUCUUCCCCGUCAUGAUCUUGGGCCUUAUCAUUGUCCGAAGGCUUCUGGACCUCAUCUUCUCCCAGCAUGAUCUGGCCUGGAUUGACAGUGUCCUCCCAGAGAAGGAGAAAAAGGAGACUGACAAGAAGAAGAAGAGAAAGAAGGGGACCCAUGAGGACAGUGAUGAGGAGCCCCAGUUCCCUCCUCCCUCAGUUAUAAAGAUUCCCAUGGAGAGUGUCCAAUCAGAUCCCCAAAAUGGUAUUCACUGCAUUGCCAGAAAAAGAUCUUCCAGUUGGAGUUACUCACUCUGA